ACUCCUUCAAGCAAGCAGCCCAUAUAAGGAGGCCCUUCAGCAUCUUCCUCCAGGCGUUCAUCAAUGGAGGUCCAAUCAGAAAAGUCGUUAUCCGAAACCUACGGCCUCAUCAAUGGCAACAGAAACAUCAUUUUUGGCAAGUACGAGAUGGGCAGGCUGUUAGGCCAAGGCACCUUUGCCAAGGUUUACUAUGGUAGAAACCUCAACACUUCCGAGAGCGUUGCUAUUAAAGUAAUCAACAAAGAUCACGUCAAGAAAGACAGCAUGAUGGAGCAGAUCAAGCGAGAAAUCUCGGUAAUGCGUCUGGUUCGACACCCCAACGUGGUGGAGAUCAAAGAAGUCAUGGCUACAAAGCAGAAAAUCUUUUUCAUCAUCGAAUAUGUCAGAGGCGGUGAGCUUUUCGCCAAAAUCGCUAAAGGGAAGCUCAAAGAAGAGGUGGCAAGAAAAUAUUUUCAGCAAUUAAUUAGUGCUGUGGAUUUUUGCCACAGUCGCGGGGUUUCGCACAGGGACCUGAAACCGGAAAAUUUGCUUCUGGACGAUGAUGGGAAUCUGAAAAUUUCGGAUUUCGGGCUUUCUGCUUUGCCUGAGCAUUUGAGAAAUGAUGGGAUGUUGCACACUCAAUGCGGCACCCCUGCUUACGUUGCGCCGGAGGUACUGAGGAAGAAAGGCUAUGAUGGUGCAAAAGCUGAUAUUUGGUCGUGUGGGGUUAUCUUGUAUGCUCUGCUAGCCGGGUGUUUACCAUUUCGGGAUGAAAAUGUCGUGAAGAUGUACAGGAAGGUUUUCAAGGCCCAGUUUGAGAUCCCACCUUGGUUUUCAAGUGAUGCAAGGAGGUUGGUUACAAAGCUUCUAGUUGCCGAUCCGGAGAAAAGGAUUUCAAUUCCAGCAAUCAUGAGAGUCCCCUGGUUCCUCAAGGGAUUCACCAGGCCAACUGCCUUUACAAUCCAAGAACCGGGUCAAGACAAUCUUGACCAGAAGGACGACGUCAACAUAGAAGCAAAUUUGGUAAAAACGAAAUCAUCGCCGCCUUUUUAUAAUGCAUUUGAGUUCAUAUCAUCAAUGUCAUCAGGAUUUGAUCUAUCUAGUCUAUUUGAGAACAAAAGAAAAUCAGGUUCACUUUUCACAUCCAAGAGCUCUGCUUCAGUGAUCAUGGGAAAGUUGGAGUCACUGGCCAAGAAGCUCAACUACAAAAUUGUUGGUGCCAAGGAAUUCACCUUGAAGAUGCAAGGGGUUUCCGAGGGCCGAAAAGGGAAUUUAACGGUAAAGGCCGAGGUGUUCGAGGUGGCGCCGGAGGUGGCCGUGGUUGAGUUUUCUAAGUCCGCUGGUGACACACUAGAGUAUAAGAAAUUUUGUGAUGAGGAUGUUAGGCCUGCCCUCAAGGACAUUGUAUGGAGUUGGCAAGGUGAGAGUAAUUGCCAAGACCAACCUCACUAAUGCUAGUUCUUGGAAAGCUAUUGUCUGCAUGGGCAUUGGGUUAGAUUUGAUAAGUUCCUCCCUUGCAGCCGUUUUUGCAUGCCUUUUGUUUUGCCAAUUUUGUAUGGACAUGCUGUGAUGCAGUAGUAGUGUCGAUAUUUUGUGCUUGUAAAUGAUGUUAGUUCAAUUUCAAUUUUGUGUUUGGAUGAUUGUGCUAUGGGAAUGUAUAUAGCAUUGUCAAAGCAAGUUCUUGAU